UUCCUCCAAUUUUUUUUUUUUUUUUUUUAAUGUUGUGGGGGGGGGGGUGUCGAGAGAAAGAACCCGCCCACAAACAAAAGCUUGUGAUUCUCAUUCCGCUUCAUUCUCGACUCGGAGUGUUUGUGCAAGAUGUCCACGCUGCGUUAGAGUGAAGGAAAAAAAAAAAAAUUGGGAGUAUGAUGACCUUCAUGAAGAUGAUGAUGAUGACGGCGGUCAUCGCAGCGGCGGCCCAGACGACGUCUUCGUCCCAACCGGUCGCGGGCUCGUGCCAUUACGUCUGCGCGUCGGACACCGACAUUCCCAGAAACAUUUCGGCCGAGACGCGAUGUCUGGAGGCGCGACGCACCCAAAUUCGAGCGGUCCGUCGCGGUGCGUUCACUGGCCUUCAGAAACUCAGGAAAGUGAAGCUGGUGGACAACAACGUCCUGAAGACUUUGGCCGCCUUGGCCUUCUCUCGCCUCCCUCGGCUGGCCUACGUCUUCAUCUCCGCAAACAGUGCAUUGGAGUCAAUUGAAGCGUUCGCUUUCUCGGAUCUUCCCGAACUCAGCGAGUUGACCAUCACCAAUUCCAAACACCUGACGUUCAUCCACAGAGAUGCCUUCAAGGACCUCGUCAAGCUCCGGCACCUGGUCAUAUCCCAAACGGGAAUCCCGGCAUUCCCUGAUUUCUCCAAGAUCCACUCGGCCGCCGACUACUUACUGCUCGACCUGCACGACAACAGCCGCAUACAGGAAGUGCCCGCCAACGCCUUCAACGGCGUCUGCACGCAAACCAUCAGAGACAUAUGGCUGACCAGGAACGGCAUCACGACGGUGGCGAGCGGCGCCUUCAACAACACAAAGAUGCACGGAUUGUCCCUGAAGGGCAACCGGCGACUUAGUCACAUCCACCCCGACGCCUUCGCGGGUUCCAGUGACCUGGUCUUACUCGACGUCUCGCAGACGGCGCUGAGCUCGCUGCCGGACGCCAUCUUGGGCGGCCUCCACAGUUUGAUCGCCGAGUCUGCGCUGGGCCUGAAGGCGCUUCCCCCUCGGCGGGCCUUCGCCAGGUUACGCGAGGCCCGCGUCACGUACCCGUCGCACUGCUGCCUCUUCCGACCCGUGAAAACGGACAGCGUUAACUUUAGCGCCAAGCACUGGAUGUGCUCGCUGCCGGGGGCCCGCGAGGAGCCGGGCUUCUUCCAGGGCAACUGCUUGGGGGACCACAACGUCACGUGCAGCCCGGCGUGGGACGACUUCAACCCCUGCGAGGACAUCAUGAAAGCCGCCCCGCUGCGGGCUCUCAUCUGGGCGGUGUCCGUUCUGGCUCUGCUCGGCAACGUGCUCGUGCUGCUCGUCUUGUUAGGCAGCGCGUCCAAGCUGACGGUGCCGCGCUUCCUCAUGUGCCACCUGGCCUUCGCCGACCUGUGCAUGGGCGUGUACCUCCUGGUCAUCGCCGCCAUGGACGCGCUCACCCGGGGGCGCUACCACAACCACGCCAUCGACUGGCAGACGGGCCUGGGAUGCGUGGCCGCCGGCUUCUUCACGGUGUUCGCCAGCGAGCUGUCCGUGUUCACACUGACGGCCAUCACGCUGGAGCGCUGGCACACCAUCACGCACGCGCUGCGCCUGGACCGCAAGUUCCGGCUGAGGCACGCCUGCGCCGUGAUGACGGCCGGCUGGAUCUUCUCCUGCCUCGCCGCCGCGUUGCCCGCGCUGGGCGUCAGCAGCUACGGCAAGGUGAGCAUCUGCCUCCCGAUGGACGUGGACUCGACGUGGUCCCAAGCGUACGUGGUGUCGCUGCUCCUGCUCAACAUCGUCGCCUUCGCGUGCGUGUGCGCUUGCUACCUCAGCAUCUACCUGGCGGUGCGCCACCCGUCGGGCGCGCCGGCCCGCGCCGACGCCCGCCUGGCGCAGCGCAUGGCCGUGCUGGUGUUCACCGACUUCCUGUGCAAGGCGCCCAUCUCCUUCUUCGCCGUGUCGGCGGCGCUCAAGCGACCGCUCAUCACCGUGUCGGACGCCAAACUGCUGCUGGUGCUCUUCUACCCCAUCAACUCGUGCGCCAACCCCUUCCUCUACGCCUUCUUCACGCGCGCCUUCCGCCGCGACUUCGUCCUGCUGGCGGCCCGCUUCGGCCUGUGCAAGACGCGCGCCCACGGCUACCGCGCCGACAGUUCGUCGUGCCAGCAGUGGGCGACGCCCAAGAGCGCCCCCGCGGGCGUGUGCUUGAUGGCGGUCGGCAGAGGCGACAGAUGACGUCGCGACGUCAGCUACGCCUCCGCUAGCUAGCGCCUGACGGACGUUUACGUGUUCGUUGGCACAAAAUGGCUGACUCUCCUUUCAGUUUGGCGAGUGAAACGCUAGUUCGCCACUAGGUGGCGCGACUAUCCGCUAAUUCCGCUUUUUCUGCCGCAAGGUAAGAAAAGAGAGGGGGAAAAAUAUUCAAAACAUGGCCAGGUUCAGUCAAAUGUCAAAGAUGGACCACCCACCUACCCCCGAGACAAAUUUGGGGGUUAUUUCACCUUUAACAUUAAUUAGUUCUAUGUUUGAAUAACACUAAGGCUUUCCCUUUAUAUUUUACAUAUAUAAUACCGUUAAUUGUCCUUUGGUCCUUUGAAAUGUGCCACGUAAACACAAGUUACUAUUAAUAGUAGUCGUGGCGUUUAUAUGUUGUUACCUCAUCACAACCUGUUUUCUGUUUUUUUUAUAAACAUACUUUUUUUACCCACAUAUCUGCCCGAGCAUUUUCGCGUGCGUGCGCGCCGGUUUGUGAGCUGUCGUUAUCUUGAACCCAAGCUAACCUUGGCGGCGUCCGAGCCAAUUAAGGGCCAUGCGACCCCAACUAUCUGAGCUGCUUUUAUUUUUUUUUUCAUUGCAGGAUGUUCUCACACACACACACACACAUUGAAAGGUAACAACUGUCAGCAUCACACAUGAUGCCGGAAAGUCUCGCAAGGCCAUUUACACCAUGCAACGCGGUCACGCAAUUUAUUAAUUCCGGCAAUCGGCCACGAGAUGGCGGCAUUGGUCUUCUGGCCUGCCAUUUUUGUUGAUUUUAGUCGUUUUGUCUUUGUUUGGGUUUUAAAUGCAAUUUAGUUUGCUUGUAUGAUCAUUUGGAAACUUUCCAAACUUUUAUAUAUAUAAAAUAUUUUGCUGUUACCUUUUGUGUAAAACGGAAAAAAUAUGGGUGGUGAUGUUACCUUUAUAGUUCCACCAGCAACAUAUCAACUGAUGUGCACUACAUUUCGUGUUUCUUUGCAUUAAUAAAAGAGACUUUUUAAAACAAUAUUCAGUGUCAU